AAUACUGAACAGUCAAGAUUUCAGAGAGUUGUUCCUGACUAGGUCCUCGUCUCGUCCACGUCUCUUAUUCGCCAUUCAAGGAACAUAUAAUAACAUUUGGAGAUUCUUCUCGUCCCCUCAGCCUCAUUAUUCAUCAGAUAAGUCGUCUCACGAAGUUACAGCUGAUUCUUAUAUGAAGUAUUUGGAAGACAUGCGACCGUACUUUUGCAGCUACGCCUCUGGUUUGAUGUGUUUCCGUCAAUCUAGGUGGAUCCGCAAGGAAAUGGAAUUGUAUAUAGUGCAUGUGAUAUGUAACCCUAGCACAGGACAAUAUGAUUUAUUACCUAAACUGAUACUAAAUUAUUUUGGUGACUCGACAAGCUUUUUAGGGUUUGAUCCCGUUGACAGGCAGUUCAAGGUAAUGUUCACUGAUUAUAAUGUUCAGAGAAUUAUAACGUUACGAAGUGGAGAACUGCGAUGGAGAAAUAUCCAGUGCUCUUUACCCCACCAAGGUCCGAAUGAAGGGAUAUGCAUCAAUGGGAUUUUGUAUUACUCGGGUUUUACAGGUGUUUCAUGGCCGUAUUCUCGAAUACUAGUUUGUUUUGAUGUUCGGUCUGAGGAAUUCAACUUCAUUGAAGAAGAAGAAGUAGUAGAAUGCUUUAAUGGGUUUUUGAUAAACUAUAAGGGUAAAUUAGGUUCUGUUAAAACAUAUUAUGAUGGCUAUACCCUUCAGUUACGUAUGUGGGUUCUAGAAGAUGUGGAGAAACAGAAACGGUUGGAAUAUGUCUACAAUUUGCCGAAGAAUAAAUUCUUUGGAGGCACUGUUUCUGUUGUUGGAAUGACCGCUAGAGGUGAGAUUGUUUUGAUAUCGGACUAUACGUAUCUAGUGUUGUAUUUUUACUACUUCAAUCCCGAAAGUAACACUCUCCAAAGUCUUACAAUCCAAGGUUUGUGUAACUUCAGAAUCAGUGACGUUAAAGUCUUUGUAGACUAUGUAGAGGAUCUUAGGUUUGAUGUUAUGAAGACAAGCCUUCCAGAACAGAAGAGUACAACAACAUCAUCUACUAAAAAAAAAAAAAAAGAAAAACAUCAUCUAAAGACGAUGAUUCCGUUACAUUGAGUCCCAUAAAUACCGACGUCUCAUUUUGGAGGCCGAUGCUUAUGCAUGUGGCAGUGUCUUCGAAUGUGUGUUUUGAGAAUCUUCCCAAAGCUUGGUGGUAUGUGUCCCUACUCCCUCUACUAGUUUAUUUAUUGUCUAUGUACUAGUUAUAUGAAACAAAAUCAUGAUUUCUCUCUGUAUCUGACAUGGUGUCUGGUUUGGUUUAAUGUAGGCUAAUAUGCAUGUUAAUUGGUGUGGGCGUGGGUCUGUUUUGUUCUCUCCUCCACAUUGCAGUACAACCAUAGAACGUUUUCGGCUCUGCU